AGAUACUGGAAGGAAAUCCAAGGGAAUCAUAACUACGCAGUAGAGUAUAUGGUUAGGGAGGCUAUUUGUUCGGUUACCUAAAAAUUUCGAGACGUAUUUAACAUAUUUUGAAAACAAGGUAUAGUUGCUAAUAACUAACAUUGAAAGUAUUAUGAUGCCUCCCUUUUCUUUUGGGUAAUCAAAAAUGAAAUUAUCUAAAAAUAUUUUAAGUUCUCUUUUGGCCCAGCAGGCCAGGGAUGGGAUAUAUACCCAACCUUCAUUUAGGUCUGUUGUUGAUCGAGCCUUAGCCCAAGGGCGGUUAUUACUUCGGUGUUGUAUUGGCAGAGCUAAGAGCAAGAAACUUUGUCAUACAAAUUCGCGUUCUUUAGAAACUGUAGAGAAGAGCACUUCAAAUAAAUUAGGUGUUUUGCAAAGUACCAACAGAAAUCAGUGGGAAGGUCUUUGGACAAAGUAUUUUAAAUGUGAAGGGUUUGUAAAGCGCUUUCUUAAUAAUUGUGUAUCAAACUCACUCGCUGCUCAGUUACGAAGAAAUGCAGCAAGAUGGCAGAUGUCUCAAGGAAGAGAUGCUGUUCCACUUAUUGCAUUUGUGGGCUUGGGACUUGUUAAAGGUCCAACCCUUCUUUCAAAAAAGGAGGAACUAGAAAGUGUAUGCUGGGAAAUAAGGGAUGUCUUCUCUCAGUUUCCUUGUACAGUUACGAACAGGGAGGUUGAUGUUGAACUGCCUGAUACCACUGUUGAAAACCUCAAGAUUGGGAAUGUGAUAGCAAAGGGCUGUAAUGCAGUAGUUUACAGUGCUGAUUGGAAAAGUGAAACAACAAGUGGUAAUCGUAUGGAGUUUACUGAUUGUGAACUUGGUUCCUCACCAGAGACAGGAACUAAAAUCAGCUGUGAAAAACUUAGUGAAGAGUCUGUUUAUGUUGAUGAAGCUGUUCAUCCAACUAGUAACCUCACAUCGUUGAUACCAGAGGGAAACUUUGAAGAGUUUAAGUUGGCUGUUAAAAUGAUGUUCAAUUAUGAUGCAGAAUCUAAUGCUGGUGCUAUACUGAAUGCCAUGUACAAGGAGAGUCUUCCAGCGUGGGUGGGCUUCGUGGGCAAGAAGUCGUUCUCGAGAAGUAGAAAGAGCACUAAAAAGAGACUUUUACCUCACCCGAAUAUUGUUGAAAUGUACUUGGCUUUUGCCGACUGGGUCCCACUGAUGCCUCAGGCUAAGUUACUUUAUCCGCAUGCACUCCCGGUACGUCUUAACAGCGAAGGAUAUGGUCGAAACAUGACUUUGUUCUUGGUGAUGAAGCGAUAUCAUUGUUCGUUGCGAAACUUGUUAAAAGCAAAAAACUUGGAUUAUCGUACUUCCCUCAUGAUUUUCACCCAAAUAUUGGAAGGUGUCACCCACCUUCUUCGACAUGAGGUGGCCCAUCGCGAUCUGAAGUCCGACAAUAUUUUAGUGGAUUUAUCCCAUGGUUUUUCUCAACCACUUGUGGCAAUCACUGAUUUUGGAUGCUGUUUAACUGAUGGUUUGAAACUUCCCUUACCUACAGAAGAUAUUUGUCGUGGAGGAAACCUUGCUCUCAUGGCACCAGAGGUGUUAACAGCAGAACCUGGCCCGUUUUCUUCGAUCAACUUCUCCAAGUCGGAUAUUUGGACGGUUGGAACUCUAGCCUAUGAAAUUUUUGGGAAAAAAAAUCCGUUUUAUCCCGAUAGUCCAGUUUAUCUUGACAGCUAUACUUACACGGAUGAGCAGUUGCCUCCCUUGCCUUCUGAAGUACAUGUGGUUUUACAGAAACUUGUUAAAGAUCUCCUGAAGCGCGAUCCGGACAAGCGUCCAAGUCCUAGUUUUGCAGCCACUGUUUGUCAAUUGCUGCUUCUAGCUCCGACCCACUGGUUUAGUACUCCUCCCAGUCACCAGGUUGUUCUGAACUGGUUGGUAUCAUUAGCAGGCUUCACUGUGUGUCAGAGCAGAGUUAUUAAGGAUCACCGGUUAUUGAGGGUCAACCCAGUUGAGUGGACACUUCAGGCUACCUUCUUGUCCAGAGUUCAUCUGGAGGAAGUGAUGCGGGCUCUUAAGUAUAUUUCAAAACUGUGUGAGGAAUAAUUACAAUUUUGUUUCUUAUUUUUUUAAGCUGCUUACGUACUGAAUCUAGUAGCUGUAAAACAACGCAUCGGUUGAUAUUGACUGUAUUUGGGAAAACAAUUGUUUACUUAAAAUGUAAUUUAUAUAUGCAAAUUGUACAAACAUCAUUUUUUUUUCUUACACUAGAGUCAGGUGUAGUAAACUGUUAAUUAUAACAAGUCUAUGUAUUGAGUAUUGGUGUUGUUUUCAAGAUUAAUAAAAUUUGACAGAGAACUGAAAAUUUUAAGUUUUUUAAUGUUGCAUAAACAUGUAUGUUUUAAAGAAUAGAAUUUUAAGUUAACACUAAUGUUACAGGAUUGGAAUAAAGAUACGGCAUAAUUUUA